AAACUAUUAACUUUGUUUUUACAACAUUUAAAUUAUUUUUAACAACAAAUUUUAAAUUAGUUUUAACAUAGAUUAUUGAAAUAAAUAAGGAAUACUUUUUGGUGAAGUAAAUAAGAUAAAUAAUGUCAUCUUUAAGCGAUUAUCAGCAAAAUAAAAUCCAGGCAAGAAUAAAAAAGGAAUCACCAUUUUGUAACAUAAAAGACUACAAAAAAACAAAUAUAACGAAUGAUGUAACAAAAAUAACAUUUGGUGUCACCUAUAAUACCUUAGGACAUGUCUUGUUUGGUUCUCUGUCAUUCGGUAUCGCUAGUAUUGCAGCUGAAAAUUCAAAAAAUCAUGUAUACUACUUUGAUACUUCAACGGGCGAUAUGUUAGGAUCUACACAAUCCGAAGCAGAAUCCUAUUUUAAUAAUAAAGUUAAUAGCUGCAUUUUUAAGUGUGAUCUGGCUAUGGCUGAAAAAUAUUUAUCCAAAUUAUGCGGUUUAUCAAAUUCGAAUGCCAAUCGUUUGAAGUAUGAUAUUUUGAAAAAAUUAAACGUUAUUAUGAGAAAUAUAAAAAAUGAUAAGAUCCGAGAUGCAAUCAAUUUUGAUGCAGUCAAUGUAAAUUUAAGCUCUUUACCAAACAACUUUAAAAUAAUGAUCCAAAAAUUGAAAAAUGAAGCAGAAACCUUCUGUAAUAACAAAAUUGAUAUAUCUAUUGAUAAUUUUGAUUUGGCUACUGCUGAAUUAUAUUUAAAAAAAUUAUGUGGUUUAUCAAAUUCUGAAGAAAACCAUUUGAAGUAUGCUGUUAUUGAAAAAUUGAUUGUUAUUUUGAAACACAUGGAAGAAGGUCAAAUUCAAGACGCGAUUACCAAUUUUGAGACAAUUAAUCAAAAUUUGUGCUCAUUACCAGCUAAAUUCCAAACCAUAAUUGAAAAAUUUAAAAUCGAAUUGGACAAGUUUAAUAGUACGAAUUCAUCAGAGCAAAUAACUAUACCUGAACAUCCACACGAAGAUUUUCAUAUUGAUUGGGAAUUCACCACACAAACUCGAAUAAUGUAAAUUUUUAAAGCAACGUUACAAGUAUACUUAUUUUAAAUAAUUUUUUUCAAAGAACUUCAUAAAAAAUGAAAACUAGCUAAAGGUCAUGUUCGAUGACUAAAAUUCAAUAAAAGAAAAUUGACACUUGUAUACUUCAUUCUCUAUUUUUAAGCCUGCUGUGCUCAAAAAUUUAUUUUUCUUAUAUUCUCAAUUUUUCUCAUGAAUCGAAUAAAACGGAGAUAAGCGUUUAGGUGCAAAUUAUGUUCUUGCAUGUAUGAGAUUCCCGCAUGUAUGUAUGAGAUACUUUGCAAUGAUUUAGCGAAACAACAUUCGUCGCUCGAAUCACUUUUUGCUUUCCAACCAGCAGACUUAAUUAUAUAUAUAUCUUUCUGGUCUAAUAUUGGCAAUGUUUUAAAAAAUGGUUGUUUUUCAUUUUAAUAUUUUGUUGUAAAUAAAUAAAAUUAAAAAAAAAAACUUAAAACACAGUGACUUAGUUGCAAAUGCAGAUAAUAUCAGUUUAAAGCUUCUGACCAGAUCUAUGAUAUGACAGAUCUAUAGCUAAAAAAGAUAAAAACAUUGAGGAAAAAUUACUAACCUUGGAAUUUCUACAACAAAAUAUUAAAAUGAAAAAAUUUUUUUUUAAAAAUCAUUGCCAAUAU